CCCUGAUCCCGGGUUCCGAUCCCGAUCCCCGGUCCCUGGCCCCAGUCGCAACCCCUGUCCCGUCCCCCGUCUCCCAGCCCCGAUCUCCUGGCCCCGGUCUCGGUCCCAGCCCUGAUCCCGGUUCUGUCCCGGUCCCCAACCUGUCCCAGCCCUGAUCCCGGGUCCCAAUCCCGAUCCUCG